GGCUGGAUCUCAGUGAUCAAAGUUAAUCAAUGUUGGGAGAGCGGUGGAGAGGGAGGCAAUGGAGAUCCUGGGAUUCGAGGAUGUAAUUGGAGCCCAGAUCGACCUAAUCAACGAUCAAAACCCUAGAGGAGUGAAUUCACUGAUUUUUUUGGCAUAUAUAUGGUGCUAAAGUCAUAUUAAAAGAAUGGAUGACCUAUAUGGGGUGUUGCUUCCCAGUUGGGCUUCCAAGUCAGAUGAGACAGGAGAAUCUCGGGUUUUAGUGUUUGCUUAUGUCACUGCUGCUCUUAUUGGCAUAUUGACAUUGCUAUAUGCUGUCUUCCAGUGGAGACGAAAUAUUAGUUUAAGCUUGAUGAGAGCUAUAGCUAGGUCAAGGAAGAACCGGAAAGCAAAGCAUAAUAAAGCACCUGUUGCAGCUCAUGUUUGGAUUUCUGAAUCUGGAUCUCGUGCCAAAGGCCUGAAAUGCUGUGUGUGCUUGGAGCCUGUUUCCGCACCUCAACCACUUGGGCAGAUGAUGGCUUCUGAAUAUGCAAUUCACCGUUGUGAUGUUUGUGGUGCGGCUGCCCAUUUAAUAUGUUCCUCAAAUUCACAGAAAGAUUGCAAAUGUAUAUCCUUGAUUGGUUAUAAACACGUAAUCCACCAAUGGACAGUACAGUGGACAGAAUUAACUGAUAGGAUGGAAGAAACUCCUUGCUGUAGCUAUUGUGAAGAACCAUGCAGUGGGUCUUUCCUUGGUGGGUCUCCGAUUUGGUGUUGUAUGUGGUGUCAACGGCUGGUGCAUGUUGAUUGUCAUUCUAGCAUGGCUAAUGAAACAGGUGACGUAUGUGACCUGGGACCUUUCAAGCGGCUUAUUCUAUCACCUCUCUAUGUUAAGGACCUUAGCAGACCUGGAUCAGGAGGUUUCCUUAGCACAAUUACACAUGGUGCAAAUGAGUUAGCUUCCAAUAUACAUGGACGUCUCAGGAGUCACAGUAAAAAGUAUAAGCAUGGUGCAGACUUGCCCACUGAUGCAGCUAAUACUAGUCCCAGUACUGUAGAAUCAUCCACAGAUAGCAUUGCUGAUGGUCAUCAAACUCCCAAGGGAUCUAAUGUGAAUGCUGAACAUGGGAAUGGAAUCGUGGAUGCUGGUAACUCAAUUCAAAGUAGUGAAAGUGAUGGCAGGGGGGAUCUAAAGGCAAGUCCAAAACGAAGUUCAACUUUCAAGCGAAGUGAUGAUUCUCAAAUUGUAGGAGUCAAACUGAAAUAUGAAUUGAUUGACUUGCCUCCAGAUGCCAGACCACUUUUAGUUUUUAUCAACAAGAAAAGUGGUGCUCAACGUGGAGAUUCCCUUAAGCAUCGUCUACACAAGCUUCUAAAUCCAGUUCAGGUCUUUGAGUUAAGUUCAGCACAGGGACCAGAAGUAGGACUUUAUCUAUUCAGAAAGGUACCUCACUUCAGGAUUCUUGUUUGUGGUGGUGAUGGGACAGUUGGUUGGGUCCUUGAUACAAUAGACAAGCAGAAUUAUGAAUCUCCUCCACCAGUUGCAAUUCUUCCUGCUGGUACUGGUAAUGAUCUUGCUAGAGUUCUAUCCUGGGGUGGUGGUCUUGGUGCUGUUGAGAAACAUGGUGGUUUAUGCACAAUUUUGCAUGACAUGGAGCAUGCUGCAGUUACAAUUCUUGAUAGAUGGAAGGUAACAAUAACAAAUUCUCAAGAUAAGAAAAGUCAACCCCCAAAAUUCAUGAACAACUAUCUUGGUAUUGGGUGUGAUGCAAAGGUUGCACUGGACAUUCAUAAUCUGCGGGAAGAGAACCCUGAAAAAUUUUACAGCCAGUUUGUAAACAAAGUGCUGUAUGCCAGAGAAGGCGCCAAGAGCAUCAUGGACAGGACAUUUGCCGACUUUCCGUGGCAGAUCAGAUUGGAGGUUGAUGGUGUAGAAAUAGAAGUUCCUGAGGAUGCAGAAGGAGUGCUCGUCGCUAACAUUGGUAGCUACAUGGGAGGGGUUGAUUUGUGGCAAAAUGAAGAUGAAAAUUAUGAUAAUUUUGAUCCUCAAUCAAUGCAUGACAAAAUAUUGGAAGUUGUUAGCAUCAGUGGAACAUGGCAUCUUGGAAAGCUUCAGGUUGGGCUCUCCCGAGCCCGAAGACUUGCACAGGGGGAAUCUAUAAAGAUUCAACUUUUUGCCCCCUUACCAGUCCAAAUCGACGGAGAACCUUGGUUUCAGCAAACAGGCAAAUUGGAAAUCUUUCACCACGGCCAGGCAUUCAUGCUUAAGAGAGCAGCAGAGGAACCUCUUGGGCAUGCAGCUGCCAUAAUCACCGAUGUGCUUGAGAACGCCGAAACUAACCGGGUGAUCACUGCUUCGCAGAAGCGGGCGCUUCUUCGGGAAAUGGCCUUAAAACUUUCAUCAUAGACAAGUUUUCAGAGACUAUCAACUAUUGAGUGCAUUCUGUAAAUAACAAUAUAUAUUCAUAGAUUAUAUACUUCUCCCCAGUUUUUUUCGUAAUUUUUGGGAGAGAUGUAUCAUAACUACAAAAACACUUCACCCAAUUAUCAUAUUUACUGAGUGUUCGAUUUUGCUUCU